UCCCGCCAUCGACGCGACCCUCGCAUUUAAACGCGCUGCGGACCAUUGUGAGACGCGCUGGACCCCAGAGCGCUGUCAAAAUACGCCCAAGCGCUCAGCUAACGCGUUCCCGUGCCGCCGCGUCGCGCGCCGAGCAGGGAAGCAAAGGCUCAGCCUGAGCCCGUAAAACAAACAAGCGCGCGCAAGGAUGCCGCCGCGCCGCAAGAAGGCCAAAGUAGUCUAUCAGGAGGACGACGACGAAGAACUAGACGAAGCGCCGCCGCCGCCGCCGCCCGAGGAGGAGGACGACGACGAUGGAGACACGGGCCCCGUCGACCGCCGCGCGUCCACGGGCUCGAAACGCUCGAGAGACGAAGACGAGGAGUUUGAACAACUAGGAGCCGACGACGACGAGGAUGACGAGGACGAGGACGCCAGAGCGGACGCCGCGGAGCGCCGCUUGGCCGGCCGCAUAGCGAGAGAAGACGCCGAGGACUCGAGUUCCGCAGGCCUCAUCAAGGAAAUAUACUGCGAGAACUUCAUGUGCCACAAGAAGUUGGAAAUUAAGCUCGGGAGGAGGAUCAACUUCAUUAAUGGCGCGAACGGGUCCGGGAAAAGUGCCAUCUUGGCGGCGAUGCAGAUCUGUUUGGGCGCUUCGGCCAAACAGACGCAUCGGGGCAACAAGCUCGGCGAUCUCGUAAGGGAAGGUAGCGAUGCUACUGCAAAAGUGGUUGUCAAGCUCGUCAACGAGGGCACGGACGCCUUCCGCCACGAGACCUACGGCGACACGAUUGGUAUCAGAAGAAGUUUCGGCAAGAAGGGCGGUGGUAAAUUAGAAAUGCUCAACGAGAACGACGAGAAGGUGACGUCCGACAGAAAGGAGCUACGUAGUUUGUUAGAUUCUCUCAAAAUUUCUGUGGACAAUCCCGUCUGCGUCCUAGAUCAAGAGAACUCGAAGCAUUUCAUCCGCGGCAAGGCCAAGGACAAGUACAAGUUUUUUUUGCGGGCGACGGAAAUUCAGGACGUGAUGGAGCGCAUUAAACGGGCCACGAACGCCGCGGACAAGUGCAUUAGCGACGCGGAGCACCAGCGGACGAAGCUGGAAUCGUUCGCGCGGCUGGCGCAGAACGCGCAACGCGAAUAUGAAGAAGUCAUGCGUCUUGCUAAAUAUGAUGAGGAGAUCCGGGACCUGAAGGCGCGGUGCCGCGUCUCAUGUCGCGUCGCGUCGAUGGCGUCGUCACGAGACCGCGUCGCAUCGACGCCGUCGACGCGGCCGCGAGAGAGUCCACGCGUGAGCGGGUCGCGUCGAUGGCGUCGAUGCGACGUCACGCCGUCGUCUUCACGAUCGUCGGAGAGUCAGAUCCACGCGUGACGCGGUCGCCGCGACGCAGGUCCUGCUCGGCUGGGUCUCCGUGCGCGGCUGCGAGCGCGCCAAGGAGAACGCCGAAGAGGGUGUCAGAGAGAAGCGCCAGGAGUUGACGGACGCCCAAUCCUUGCAAAAGGAGCACGAGGACGCGCUAGAAAGCGGCGGCGACGAUCAAGUAAAAGCGCUGGAAGAUGCCAUCUCCAGGGGCAACGACGAGAUGAAGGCCUGCCGCGACUCGACGACGGAGGCGACGCGGGCGUUGGCGACCCAGGAGAAGUGCGUCAAGGCGGCCCAGCGCCUCGAGAAGCAACAAAAAGAUCUACUAGCGGGUCUCGAGAAGGACAAGGGCGAGAUCCGCAAGGAGCUCGAGAAGAAGCGCAAGGAGAACCAGCGGCGGACGGCGGCGCACGCCCAGAACGCGGCGGGGGCGCGGGCGGCGGAGUUGGCUCAGAAGGUCGCUGAUUGUGACGAAGCGCUGCGGGCGAGGGCGGAGGCGCUGGAGGAGCGGCAGCGCGAAGCGAAUGAGUUACGAAGCGGUUUGAGUGAUCUCGAGGAGGCCGAUCGCGCCGCUCGCGAGGCGGAAAAAGACGCGAGGGCGGAAGCUGAUGAUGAUAAGCGCCACCUGGCCAUGCUUGAAAGUACCGCGAGAAACCCGUUAGCUGCGUUCGGCGACUACCAACAACGUUUAUCUGAUGAAGUCAAUAAGGCUGCUCGCUCAUUCAGUAGGAGGCCCGUCGGCCCUAUUGGUGCCCAUGUGACACUAGCAAAGAAGGAACAUAAAAAGUGGGGCGCCGCCCUCGGCGAGAUCGUGGGAAGGCACCUCUCGAACUGGAUCGUGGCGACGCCCGCGGAUCGGUCCGCACUGCUACAGAUCGCGCGGAAGCUGCGCUGCGAUGCGCGGCUCACGAUUAUCAUCCAGAAGCCUCGUCCGCGUCAUAACGUGCGGAAGCCGCCGAACCAGACGUCGAUGUUGGAUUUACUGAAUGUUGAUGAUGAUGCUUGUUACAAUGCCUUGGUAGACAUGGCGCGCGCGGACGUCACUUGCGUGUUCGAGGACAAGGCUGAAGCCGAGAGCAAGGGCAUGACGCAAUCAAGGGGCGUCUGGUCCCAUGCUCCAGGUGUUGAGAUGUUGGUACUGAGAGAUGGCUCUAUAACAGGCGCGAAGAAGGGCAACUUGUAUGUGAAGCGGCCGUCCGCGCGCAAGGGCGUCGCGCUCGGCGUCGACGCGUCGAGGGACAUCCCGGCGGCCAAGAAGGCGGCCCAAGCUUCAUCCAAGAGACACAAGGACGCCGCGGCCAAGGCCAAGACGGCUAGAGCAACUUUUGAUAAAGCCCAGAAGGCUGAUAGUAACGCGAUCCGCGAGGUCGAUCGGGCGAAGAAGGCCCACACCAAAGCGGAACGAGAUGCCAGAGAGGCGAAAGCGCAACAUAGAGAAGUGCAGGACAAGGCCGACGAAGCGGUAGUUUUGGACGACACGUCGGCGCUCGAAGACGACCUCGCCGACAUGGAGCGCGAGAUCCGAAAUGCGAGGGAGACGCUGUGGGUGCCGGCGUCCCAUUUUCACGCCAUCGCCGCGACGCCUGCUUGAUGGCGUGGCGGUGUGGGUCUUACACCCCUCGAUUCAGUCAUCACGGCCGCGUCGUCGCCGAGAGACUUCGUGAAGAAUUAUCGGGUCGUCGUCGCGUCGAUGGCGUCAGGCUCACGCGUCGCUCGCAGGUCCCAAAAAGCAAAUGAUGUGAAGGCGGAAAAAGAGAAGAUGCGGCCCUUCGAGAAGGCGCGAGCCGACUUGGUUAAAAGAAACGACAAGCUCGAUAGAGACCAGGCCGCCAAGGAACAGGAGAUGACGAAAGCCCUCGAGGGCCAGAAGAAGCUCAAGAAGCGCCUCGAGAAGGCCAAGGCCGCGUGCCUCGACCUCGAGAAGAAGGUGUCGCAGCGCGAGGAUUUAGUGAAGGAGGAGGACAAGCGGUUGCAGGAAGUGCUGGAUAAGGCCCGGCGCUUCACGAAGAAGCUGCUGGACGACGAGGACUACCGACCGCCCAACGACGAGAUCAAGCGGUUCAAGAACGAGGACGCGGUCCUGAGUCGGCGUCCGCAUCUCACGAGAGACAGAGAGCCAUCUUCACGGGUCGCGGCGAUGGCGUCGGGCGCAUACGCCGCCGACGCGACACAUUGAUCAAACGCAGGUCCUCGCGAAGAUCAACCACACCGAAAAAAUGAAGGAGCAGCAGCUCGAGAAGCGCGGCGGCAAGGAGACGGACCCGGAAGUCGCCAAACAAAAGAUGGAGCGGGCGCAGCUCGCCUACGCGGAGAAGGAGGCCGGCUGCAAGCAGAUCGAGCAGGAGGGGAUCCAGCUCCGGGAGGACGCGCACGCGCGCUAUGACCGCCUGAGACGCAUCCGGAAGCACAUCUGCAGGAUGUCGAACCGCGAAUUCGAUAAAAUACUGCAGAAAAAAGGUUCAAGUGGCGCUCUGCGCUUCGACCACGAAGACGCGACCCUAAAAAUGACCUACCAAAAAGAUAAUCAAGAUGAGACGACGCAGAUCGACAACAUCCAGUCGUUGUCGGGCGGGGAGCGGUCCUUCUCGACGCUGGCCAUGCUCGUGUCGCUGGGUGCUACCAUAGAAUGCCCCUUCCGCGUGAUGGACGAGUUCGACGUCUUCAUGGACCAGGUCAGUCGUAAAGUCGCGAUGCAAGAAUUGGUCGACAUGGCGAGGGAGAUGCCGAACCGGCAGUUCGUCUUCAUCACGCCCCAGGAUUUAUCAAGUCUGCCGCAGUCGAACCACCUCAAGGUGUUCAAGCUCAAUGCCCCGAUUCGAGGGCAGCAGACGCUGGACGGGUUCGCGACGAAGAAGAGAAGGACGACGCAGGGCGGCUAGGUCCUCUCCCUCUCUAAGUAUCUCGUGCAUGGA